GUUCAGAGAAACUGAAACUGAAGUGUAGUUGAGCUGUUGUGUGUUUCUGUGUCUGUAUUCAUGCAGUAAAAUGGCAGAAGCCAGAAUUUCUCAGGAUGAGUUCAUGUGUUCAGUGUGUCUGGAUAUCCUGAAGGAUCCAGUGGCCAUUCCCUGUGGACACAGUUACUGUAAGAUCUGUAUUACAGGCUGCUGGGAUCAGGAGGAUCAGAUGAGAGUCUACAGCUGUCCUCGGUGCAGACAGACCUUCAGUCCAAGACCUGCUUUAGCUAAAAACACCAUUCUGGCUGAAAUGGUGGAGACACUGAAGAAGACUAAACUUCCUGCUGAUUGUUACCCUGGAGCUGGAGAUGUGCAGUGUGAUGCCUGUACUGGAACACAACACAAAGCCGUCAAGUCCUGUCUGGUGUGUCUGGAGUCUUACUGUCAAACUCAUUUUGACCGUCAUGAGGAAUUUCACUCACGUAAGCCACAUAAAAUGACUGAUGCCACUGGACAACUGAAGGAGAUGAUCUGCCAUCAACAUGAUAAACUCCUUGAGGUUUUCUGCCGCACCGAUCAGAAGUAUUUAUGUGUGUUUUGUAUGGAUGAACAUAAACACCAUGACACUGUAUUAGCUGCAGCACAGAGGACAGAGAAACAGAAGGACCUGAAGGAGACGCAGAGGUCGAUCCAGCAGAGAGAGAAAGAUCUUGAGCAGCUGAGAGUGGCUGUGGAGUCUCGUAAGCGCUCUGCACAGACAGCAGUGGAGGACAGUGAGAAGAUCUUCACUGAGAGACAGACAUGUUCACAAGUCCCUGCGGUCAAGUCCAAGUCAAUUCUCAAGUCUUUGAGGUCCAAGUCCAAGUCAAGUCUCAAGUCUUCGAGGUCCAAGUCAAGUCAAGGCCAAGUCAAGUCUCAAGUCUUUGAGAGUUUCCAGUCUCUCUCAGCUCCUUCUAAAUCUACAGAUGUAAAUGACUCUUCUGAUGGCAGGAGAGAAUCUGUCUAUCAGCUGAGAGACAAACCAGAGGAUUUCUGCAAAGAGAAGCUGAAGAGGAUCCCUGACAGAGUCACUUUAACCAACAUUGUUCCCUGGACCAGGAACGACUUCCAACAAUAUUCCCAUCAGCUCACUCUGGAUCUAAACACAAUGAAUGAAGAUCUCCAUCUGUCUGAGAGAAACAGAGUGAUUACUAACACUUUCACAGAGCAGCUGUGUCCUGAUCAUCCAGACAGAUUUGAUUAUUGGCCUCAGGUGUUGUGUAGAGAGAGUGUGUGUGGACGCUGUUACUGGGAGAUUGAGUGGAGUGGUGAUGUGUCUAUAUCAGUGUCAUAUGAGAGCAUCAGCAGGAAGGGAUCAGGUGAUGAGUGUUUGUUUGGACGUAAUAAUCAAUCCUGGAGUCUGAUCUGCUCUCCCUCCAGUUCCUCAUUCAGACACAAUGACAUAGAGACUAAACUCCCAGUAAAGUCCAUCAGCAGUAGAAUAGGAGUGUGUGUGGAUCACAGUGAAGGAGCUCUGUCCUUCUACAGCAUCUACAGAAACACAAUGAGCCUCAUCCACACAGUCCAGACCACAUUCACUAAACCGCUCUAUCCUGGGUUUGGUGUUGGUUAUAAAUCAUCAGUGAAACUGUUGAUGAAAGAAUCGUCUGUAGAGCGAUUGUACCCAUAAUACUUUAAUUCAUCCAAUACAUGAAGUCUCUGUGACUAGUAUCACUGCCCAAUGAAACUGUUUUUAAUGAACAGAUUAAAAUCUAAUCUAACGGUAUGUUUACAUGAGAACAAUGUACUAAAAACUGCCACUGUUUAGAUUUCCAUAGAAUGAAGAAAUAAAAGAUCUGGACCCUAAAUGUGCAGCUGACCCCAUUAAAGUCACCACACAAGCUGGACCAGGCCAAAAAAGGGCUUAGGUCAAGAAAAGCAUUGUAAAUAGUUGGUGCCCCCACACCCCAACAACCCCCACCACCUCCCCGUUCCAUUUUGUUUAUUUUUCUUAUAAGUCAUGUUUAAUUCAUUAUUGUUCUACUUAUUGUUCUAAUAAAUAUUUGAAGUGUU